UCAAGACUGUGUGAACGCAGGCGCACAUCCAGCUGUCCUCUGGAUGUGAUGAAUAUUGGCAGCGCAGGACUGGAAGGUGUGUCUGCAACUGUCUCUCAGCUGUCUGUUUGUGUCAUCCCCCUCUUCUGUGUGCGUGGUUCGAGAGGAGGAGGAGCGACAGAAGGAGAGAGGGAGAAGUUUGCUUGUUCUCUCGGUGGCAUACGGGGUCGCCCAUCGUUCCGUUCGCACACGAUGGCGCGUUUGUGUCCGUGCGCAGCGACGCUGAGCCGCUGCUUCCAAGACAACUGAGGAAAAAAAAAAAAAAAAAAAAAAACUCAAAGUGUCCGACACCAUGGCUGAAUUUGGAGACAAUAAGAGCGCUUUCAAUCCACCGGUUGCUGCUUGGAAAGAAGCCGGAAUAAGCCGCGGAGGAGGAGGAGAGCCGGUGUCAAACGGAAACUGCACCGUGUCAGACACCGCCGUCAAGCGCGUCCAGAGCGAGUCCGGCUCCGAGUCACCGACGUGGGAGAGCGCAGGUUCCGAUUCGGCAUCUAAAACAAUCCCCCGACGCAGCAGUCUGAUCAAGGAUGGGUCACGUGCAGGUCGGGAGAGGAAGAAGACGGUGUCCUUCAGCAGCAGCCUCUCGGAGAAGAAGAUCAGCAGCGCCGCCGACUGUAUCCACGCCAUGGUUGAAGGGAGCGAGCUGAAGAAAGUGCGACCUAACUCUCGUGUUUAUCAUCGCUACUACCUUCUGGACACGGGCCUCCAGGCUCUGUGCUGGGAGCCAUCUAAGAAGGAGUCAGACAAAGCUCGGAUCUCCCUCGCCUCCGUACGAGAGGUCCGUACAGGUCGUAACACGGAAACCUUCCGCACCAGUGGAGUUUAUGAGCAGAUUUCGGAGGACUGUGCAUUCUCCAUCAUCUAUGGAGAAAUGUAUGAGAGCUUGGACCUGGUGGCUAACUCUGCUGAAGUGGCGAAUAUUUGGGUGACAGGCCUAAGAUACCUGAUGCAGUAUGGAAAACAUGCUCUGGACAUGCUCGCCAGCAGUCAGGACAGCCUUCGUCUUGGCUGGUUGGAGCAGCUCUUCUCCUCUGCCACUGAUUCAGACAAACAGGAAGACAGCGUGGAGGGGAUUGACUUGCAUUCUGCAGUGAAGAUGAUCCAGAGUGUGAAUCCAGGAGUGAGCAGCAGCAAAGUGGAGCACAGGUUUAAAGAGCUCCAAAGAGUUAGGGAGAAGAUGGGUGUACUUGCGCUGAAUAAUGGAUCUGGGCUCAAAGACUACAGUGAAAACAAAGCAGGAAAGACGGGAAGAAACGAGCAAGUCACCAAACAGGAGUUCAUUGAGGUCUUUCAUGAUUUUUGCACACGUCCAGAGAUCUACUUCCUGUUGGUGCAGUUCUCAAGCAACAAGGAAUUCCUCGACACCAAAGACCUGAUGAGGUUUCUAGAGGCUGAGCAGGGCAUGGCUCAAGUGAGUGAGGAAACCAGCCUGAAGCUCAUCCAAUCCCAUGAGCCAUCAGAGGAGGGUCGUCAGCAGGGAUUCUUAUCUUUGGACGGCUUCACCAGCUACCUCACUUCAACAGAAUGCCACCUCUUCGACAGGGAGCACGACACCGUAUUCCAGGACAUGUCCCAGCCGUUGUCUCACUACUACAUCAACUCCUCCCACAACACCUACCUCAUCGAAGAUCAGUUUCGAGGUCCCUCUGACAUCUCGGGAUAUAUACGCGCUCUCAAAAUGGGCUGUCGAUGCGUAGAGUUGGACGUGUGGGACGGUGCUGACGACGAACCCGUAGUGUGUACUGGACACACACUCUCUCCACCGCUGAUCCUCCACUGUGUGCUGGAAGCGAUCAGAAGGUUUGCGUUUGUGUCUUCAGAUUAUCCCUUAAUUCUGUGUCUGGAGAACCACUGUUCGCUUCGGCAGCAGAAAGUGAUGUUGCAGCAUCUUUUGAGGAUACUAGGUGAUAAGUUGUUCACAGACGUCCCAGAUGAAGGGGAGUCGUACCUACCGUCGCCCCAGGCCUUAAAGCAUCGGAUUUUGCUUAAGGGUAAAAAGCUGGGGCUGUGCUGGGAUGCGGAGGAUGGGGAUGUAAGUGAGGAGGAUGAAGGUGCUGAGAUGUGUCAAAGAAUGAAAGCUGCCAAUAGUGGAGGGGCAGGACUGGGAGGAUGCGAGAAGGACACGGUGCAGAAAAAUGUCUCUUUCGUGGCCGUCACACAAUCCAGCCCUCCUCAUCUUCCCCCCAAACGUUUUCAACUCUUGACGCGGCUCUCGGACCUUGUAGCUCUUUGCUGCUCAGUCCGUUUUAUUGACUUUCCAACAUCAUCCAAAAGCCAAAAACCUUGGGAAUUAUGUUCCAUUCACGAGUCCCUGGCCGUGCGUCUCGCAGGCGAGAACCCCGGUGACUUUGUAAACCACAACAAGCAUUUUCUAACCCGAGUGUACCCCAGCCCCAUGCGAGUGGACUCGAGCAACAUGAACCCUCAGGACCUGUGGAAAUGUGGGUGCCAGAUAGUGUCCAUGAAUUUUCAAACAGCAGGACUGAUGAUGGACCUGAACACAGCCUGGUUCCGGCAGAAUGGAAACUGUGGUUAUGUUCUACGCCCGGCCAUCAUGAGGCAAGAGGUGUCUUAUUUCAGCGCUGACACCAGAGACACAGUACCUGGGGUUUCACCACAGCUGCUCCACGUGAAGGUGAUUAGUGGCCAGAACCUGCCCAAGCCCAGGGGUUCAGGGGCCAAAGGGGACGUGGUAGACCCGUAUGUGUACGUAGAGAUCCACGGCAUCCCAGCUGACUGCUCAGAGCGUCGCACGAGAACUGUGACCCAAAACGGUGACAACCCCAUUUUUGAUGAGAGUUUUGAGUUCCAGAUCAAUCUUCCAGAGCUCGCCAUGGUCCGCUUCGUGGUCCUGGAUGACGACUUCAUAGGGGAUGAGUUCAUAGGUCAGUACACCAUCCCUCUGGAGUGUCUACAGCCGGGUUACCGCCACGUACCGCUCCAGUCUUUGACGGGGGAGGAGCUUCCCCAUGCAAAACUGUUUGUUCAUGUGGCCCUGACCAAUCGGAGAGGAGGGGGAAAGCCUCACAAAAGGGGUUUGUCUGUGAGGAAGGCGCGAAAGGGACGCGACUACACAGCCCUCAGGGAUUUGGGUGUUCGAGCUGUGGACGAGGUUUUCAAAAUGGCAGCUCCUCAACUUCGAGAAGCCACGGACCUGAGAGAAAACAUGCAGAACUCAAUAGCAGUGUUCAGGGAGUUGUGUGGGGUCUCCGCCGUGGCUAACCUCAUGCAGUGUGUCCUGGCUCUGAGCUCCAGGGUGUCAGGACCAGACGGGACACCUUUACUGGUAUUUGACCUUAGGGACCUCUACCCCACCCUUGAGCCUCAGGGGCUUCUGCCUGAUGUCCUUCGUCGGGUCGUCUCCACCUACGAAAUGAUGGUGCAGGCGAGCAGAGCAGUGAUCGAACACUCUGAUGGAAUCUACGACAGGAUCCUCCAUAUACAGACAACUGCCAUGGAGUUUCAUGAGAAGCUGCAGACCAUGGCAGCGAAGGAGGGGCUGAAAGGUCGCAAAGUCAGUCGUGCGCUGGAGAGUUUCAGCUGGAACAUCACUAUCCUGAAGGGCCAGGCUGACCUGCUAAAACACGCCAGGGCCGAAGUUCAAGAGAACAUGAAGCAGGUCCAUGACGCUGCUCUGGCCGGAAAUCUCACCAAGGAGGGCAGAGGUGUCCAAAGGGUUCGAUCCCAGACACGACGAGGCCCGGAUGACAAACCCACCACGAGCAUGCGAGGACCCUCAGCUUAGCACGCAAAAAAAAAAAAAAAAGAAGAAAAAAAAAUGAACCAUGACCAAACUGCCAUUGUACUGUAGCUGCUGUGAAAACCCCCUUCUCAUUUCAUCAAACUGCCCAUACAUGUUAUCUUCUACCACAGUGGCAGACUCUCAGAAGGCUGUGCGAGUACUGUAGAGACCUGGUGUUGAAAGAACUAAGGAGCUGUUGAAUGUAAAGUCUGUAAAAUGCAGCCACUUCAUUUGUCACAGAACAGUGAAGGUCAGAGCAGUGGUGAGCGGAGGCAGGAGAUGAAUGACACUGGGAAGAUGAAUGUAGUAAGAAGCCAUGGCACAGCUGUUUGUACUGUAUUUACCUGUAAAUACACCAAAUGUUUAUUUUCUUCCUCUUAUGUGCAAUGUCUUGAGGUUUUUAGAGGAGUUGUUUGUCUAGAAGACGGAAGGAAAAACAGGAUUUUUCUACUACUGUUCAGUGAGUGAAACCUUAGUCAGGAAAACAAGAUCAAAACAUGAAUCGGUAAAGGAUUUCAGCUGCAGUGUGUUCUGUGUGUGUGCGGUAAAUACCACUGAGUUUAGUGAAGCAGGAAUCAGUGGAAGCUGUAGGUCUGAACAUUACACACCUCUGUAAGUUUAUCUCCAUCUCAUGAGGCAUUUGUGUGUCCUGGCUGUUGUUCCAAGAAAUAGUCUCACAUACAGUAUUCUAUAUUUUUCUAUUUUCCAAAGUAUUAUUAAAACCCUGUUACCUACCACAGUGAUCAACUAAAUGCUAUAAGGAACUAGUACUGUUAACAUGUGCAAAAAUACUGUACAGUAUUUUAAUAUGUAAUUCUCUCAUUUUGCUGUGAAGAAAUUUUACAUGUUAUUUAUCCCAAGUGAAAACAUUCCAGAUAGUCGUUAUCAGUGCAGUAGAUGAGGCUUGACCCGUUUGACUCUGUAAAAGGUUACAGUUCAUUACCUUCCUUUCGUUCCGAAUGGAAAUAAACUCGUUUUUAACUUAG